AUGAAGAUCUUCACAUUGCUUACCAUUGCUUCCACUGCGCUCUUAGGCGCCUCGGCAAUUGUGCCCGAUAGUAAAACUCAAGUUAAAUUUUUUGUUGACUACAGAAUCAAAGAACUUCCCGAAAUCACCAAUCACGAUGUGGCUCAAUUAACUAACGGUGAACAGACCUCAUUGGAAUUUAAUGUUUCUAAUAACGAUGAUGUUGACAUAUCUGUUGUGGGAGUUGGUGGAUCUUUCCGCGAUCCUACGAAUUCUGAGGUUAAGACGAACUUAACAUCAGCAGCAGUUACCCCAAUCACUUUGAAACCUGGAGAAUCGGGUACGUUUGAGCAGGUUAUCAACGUGAAUUUGAUUCCAAGUAGUUAUAUCUUAUCUCCAAUGGUUUACAUUGCCAUCAAUGAAGAAUUGAGGCAAGUACAAGCUAGGGGCCAACUAACCACUGUGGAAGAUCAACCAGUCUCAUUGUUGAAUCCACAAUUAUUAUUUUUGGAGUUUGUCUUAUUAGCAACACUUGGUGGUGUGCUCUAUGUUGUUUACAGCUUAUGGGGUCGUAGCUACCUCGAAGGUAAUGUGAUUCCUUCAUCAAAAUCUAAAAAGACUUCUUCAAAGCCUACGGCAACAACAACUGCUAGGCCACUCGACGAGAGCUGGGUCCCGGAAUCACACUUAAAGAAGAACAAAUCCAGGAAGGCAUAUUGA